AAAACACAUAGGACAACAGUUAGAUGUAAUCAAACGGUGAGUUGAAAUCAAUUUAAAAAUUACAACUCCAGAAGGUCUGUGGGUUAAGACAAUAAUUAAAGAUAGAAAUUAAGAUCAUUAGACAUACAAAUUAAAGUACAAAAAACAACAUCAAAACAGACACAACAAGGGUAUACUAGACAGGAGACAAAAGCACCGAUAGAAAUGGAUCCGCGAAAACCUAUGUUUUCUACUACUAGAGCCGGAGACUACUAUCGGCCGCCGUCCGGAUUGCAGUCAAUGUCGACUAGUAGUAUGUCUGGACAAUCGUCAUCAAGUGGUGGUCGCAUGUCUUCGACUAUGAACGAAAAGUGGGGGCCGAGAAUCAGGACAUCAUUUGAAUUACAGCCAUACACACGAUUCCGUAAUCCGCCGUCACCGGUGCCACCAUAUUAUCCACAGCGACAAAGAUUUGACAGUUCCAGUAGUUCCAGGGACUCGUUCUCGUCGUCGUCGAAAAGGUUAGGGUCGAAUAGGACGCCAUCGCCAACCGAAUCUUUUGGAUCGUACAGAAGCAAAUUCGGUACUUUGACUCCAUCGUCUAGUUUGAAUUCUCGAUCAUCAUCUAGAGUGUCAUCAUAUCCUCAGUGGCCAACCGAAUCUGAAUCUUCUGUGUACAGCAGUAUCGGUAGCGAUAGAUCAAGUCUUUACGACAACAGUAGUGGCAGUGGCAGCACUCAGUAUCCAUCGUCCAGCUCGUCAUCGUUGAGAUCAGUGACUUCAAUAUCAUCAUAUCCGCCAUCGCCACCCGAUUCUUAUGCGUACAGCCGUAUAGGUAGCGGUAGUAGUAGUGGAAGCAGUCUUUAUCCACCGUCCAGCUCGUCAUCGUUGACAUCAGUGAAUUCAAUGUCUGGAUUGUCAUCAUAUCCGCCAUCGUCAUCCGGUUCUUCUGCGUACAGUAGAAGAAGUCCUUAUGGCAGCAGUAAUGGUAGUAGUAGUGGCAGCAGUCUUUAUCCACCGUCUGAAUCGUCAUCAUUACGGUCAACGAUUCCCGGGACGCCGAGAAGUCGAUCGAGAAUCAAUUCCAACAUAUCUAUUCAGCGCAUCCAACCGAUACCGGAAGUGCCAGCUUUCGAUCGGAUCAACGAGUUUGAAGCAUCGGGUAAGCGGUCGUAUCCAUUGCCAGACGUAUUGCCGCGAGACCGCUAUUACUAUGCUGGCCGUGAGUUCGAAUCGGAUGAAUCGCGUCAAUCACCGUUUCCCGAGCCCAGUGGUCAGUGGCCGGACAGAUCAAGAACUGGUCGUUUCAGAAAGAUUUUCCAUCGCAUGGGUUCGGUUUUCAGAAAACCGUUUAGACGAAGACGCGGCAAAUUUGAUAUCAAAAACAAUACUCCUGAACAACAACAACAACAACAACAAAGAACAGAUGAUCUGAAUGAAGAACAAGAAGAUGAAGAACAGUGGAGUGAUUAAGAAAAGUAGAUAUAAUGGGAGAGAGAGAGAGAGAGAGAGAGAGAGAUUCCGGUGUUUAACUUAAAAUUCAA